AACACGUUCGUCAUUCUUAUUUCACAUUUUGAUUUUAUCGUAAUAAAAUUUACUCACCAAAAUUCAAAUAAAAAAUUAUUUUGACCUUUGCUUUUGAAUAUCUCUUAAUAACACUAAAAAUGGUUUUUGGACCACCCAAAAGACGUCUCUUGAUAUUCGAUUUCGACGAAACUCUUACUGCGCUGGAUUCCACAUAUCUUUUACGCGACUUGCUGCCUGUGUAUCGUCGUCCCAAGGAAAUUAAUCAGAUAAAAGAAGGACGGAUUUCAUAUUUGAACAAGCUAUUUGCCGAAUUACGCCUGGCGGGUUACACAUCGACCCAACUACGUCGUCUAAUAGCAGCCAUACCGCCAGUGCCAAGUAUUGUGGACUUUAUAAAACAUCUUUACGAAUCUUGUGAUCCCAAAUACGACAUCAUCAUUAUCAGCGACUGUAGUAGCAUCUUUAUCAAAGAUUGGCUAGCCAACAAUCAAUUGACAGAAUGCAUCAAAGAAGUCUUCACCAAUCCAUCAUUUGUUGUUUGCAGUGACGGUAUACGAGCAGAGGCGCUGCAGCAGGCCAAGUGCCCUCUGAGUCCGCCUAAUCUAUGCAAACGCAGUCUUUUGGAAAGGUAUCUGACGAAGCGCCAGGGGAUGGGCGUGACCUACGAACGUGUGAUUUUCGUUGCCGACGGCGCACACGACUAUUGUCCCACGUUAAUCAUGCGUCGGGAUGAUAUUGUGUGCGCGCGGAAAGGAAAGGAUCUUGAGAAGAAAAUCCGUUGUUAUCGCAGAAAGUGCAAGGUAAGACCGCUCGUAUUGCUGUGGAGUACCGGGCACGGACUGCUGUCACUUUUGGAGUCUGCCUUAGACUGUGUGACUAUUUCAAGCAUUUAAUUGACGGCACAAUUGUUUUAAAUCAAAUUGACGCGAAAUGAUUUCAAAAUGACACAAAUUGAAAGGAUACAUUGAGCAAAAGUAGACAAACGCGUACAGCAGUGACAAUAAAUAGUGCGACAGUGUAAAAUUCUUAAUACUAAUUACGCAUUUUUUGGCAAAAUAAAUUAUUGUAUAAAAAUAACUGCAUAUUUUAUUUUUAUUAUAUUCAUCGUCAUAUCAUUAAUAUAGUUUCUUCAUAGCAUUUAUUUGGGUAAAUUAAUUACUUUAUUACAGUUCAUGAACCUGCCAGGCAUGUCAACACACAGCGCACUCCAUUGCUGAGGUGCGCGCCGUGCCUCUUAGUUUAUUUGUUUAAUUUACUCUUUUAGACUGUUUUAAUAUUCGUUUGCUUCCUGCUUUUCCUGCUUAGUUUGCAUUUAAAACUAAUUUUUAAAUAAUAAAAAAUAAGUUUACACGACUCCUCAUGGAGUCAUCUAUGAUGUUUGCACGCAAUUUUUGUAGGAUGUUAAUAACUACAACUUAGAAAUAAAAAAAAAAUAAAAAAUAAAUUGUACGCGGACUUAAAACUGACAUAUAUAAAUCGCAGCGGCGGAGUGCGGGUGGCUAACAUUACAACAGAAUUGAAUUAUUUGUAUGGAUAAAUUGAUUAUUUUUAGUUAACUCCUCGUAUGCAAAAGUUGGAACACUUAAAGCGUUGCGUAAAAGAAAAAAAAUAUUCCGCUAAUAUUUACAAGAAAAUAUUAAAUUAAGCAAAAUAAUAGAUGAGGAACACACACAAAGUGCUGCAUAAGUGUUAAAUUCACGCUUUAUACAUACAUGUAUAUUACUUAAUAAACUUAAGUAACCUAAUAACUUUAAAUUUAAGAAGAGUCGCUUAAGUAA